AGGUGCGCGCUCUCGGCCAGGGCGAGGAGCUGGAGCGCCUGGUCCUGGAGAUGCUGCAAGGCACGGGCGACACGGAGAUGCCGGAGGGCACGUCUGGGCACUCGCCGAUGAGGGUGGGCAUGGACCCCAUCAGCUGGACGCACCGGCCCUUCAUAUUCUACGUCUUCACGGACCUGAGCAUCAAGGCCAUCACCUUCCUGGCCAUGCGCCACCUCGGCUUCCAGCACUACUGCAGCGGCAGCCUCCGCUACUGGUACAAGCCCGGCGACGGCCCCGCCCGCGUGUUCUGCCACGGCAUAGGGCUGGGCGUGCUGCCCUACAUGCAGCUGCUGCGGGGGCUGUCCUGCGAGCCUGGCCCGCUCUUCGCCAUCGAGCUGGAGGCCAUCGCCAUGCGCAUCCAGCGAGCGGUGCCCUCGCACAAUGAGGUCGCAGCGAACAUUCGCGACAUGCUGCACGCGUGGGGCUUUGCGUCGGCCCACUUCAUCGGGCACUCCUUCGGCACGGUCGUCAUGGCCUGGGUCACCAAGUUGUACCCCGCGAUCAUUUGCAGGGCGAGCUUCCUGGACCCCGUCGUGUUCCUCUUGUGUGUUCCGCACAUGGUGUACAAGUUCCUGUACAAGGAGCCGCGCGAGGGCAUCGAGAAGCUGAUGCACUUUUUUGUGUCUUCCGAGCUCUACAUGGCCAACAUGAUGUCGCGGCACUUUAUCUGGGGGGAGGUUUGUCCACCGCCGAGAGGACUUGAGGUUCCCCAACGGAGCCCUGGUCGUGCUAAGCAGCGAAGACCAGCUGGUGCCCAGCCACGAGGUGCGGCGGUACAUGGCCAGGCGGGCCCCGCUCGGCACCGAGGUGGUCUGGCUCGAGGACGGUUUCCACGGCGAGUUCCUCCUGAGGCCGAAGGUGCUGCGCACCCUGCUCGACAGGCUUCGGUGACCAGGGCCCGGGCUGCCUCCUGCCACCCCCCACCUCUUUCGGGGAUCUUACGCCUCCCCGCCUCUCCUCUCCCCUUUGUCCGCCGCCUCUCUCCCCGGAGGGCCCCCCUUGUGGGCGGAACGCACCUGCACGUUUUUUUUUUUGCUUUUGCGGCGCGGGCGGGGCGGCGCGGCGCCUCCGGGCGCGCCUCCCUCCGUGCGAGUGGCCCCGGAGCUCUCAGGGCCUCCCCUCCUCUCGCGCCUCCCUCCGCCCAGGCCGCGCGGAGGAAUGCCGCAGAGCCGGGCCGCGCGGGGAGGGGGGCCCCGCGGCCGCGGGGGCCCGUGGUGCGCGCCGCUCGGAGGGCGCGGGGUGAUGGGGCACAGCUUCCGCCACCACCACCACCACGCGCAGGACGGGGUAUCCAAUGAUCAGGGUUCCAGGCGACUGGCUUUUGUUCCGAGGUGCUCCUGACGGUCACGGGGCUUGGCGAGGGUCCCUGAAGUUCCAGGGCAUCGCCAGCAUGCUCCGUCGUGCUCUUGGGUCGCACGACACGCGAGGAGGCUGUGGCCGAGGGCCACCCUCGCGUGCAUCUGAGAGAUUCGACGGGGCCGGGCCCGUUUUCAAUCCGCGGCCGCCCCGCGCUGCGCCACGCUGCGCAUCUGCCAAAUUCCCGCCCGGCGAUUGGCCGAUGCGGGUAGCAGGCGCCGACCUGCCCGCGGUUUCAUUAUGGUGCGAUAGUCGGCGCUUGGCGUCUUCGGCACGGUGCAGAAGCCAUGCUCUGGGCUUCGGCGCGGGGCUCGGGCAAACACUCGAGAGCGCGACGCCGAA